UUAUUAAAGAAAGUACUUAAAGAUUAUUUAUUUAGAAAGGUUUUUAAGGCUAAGCGAUAAAAUGAAUUUUACAUUUUUAAGUAUUACACGAAAUAUGUUAACGCAGAUUACUAAAGUAACAGCCCACGAUGCUAGAUUAUUAUUUCAUUUUAAGUUGAAUUACAGCACUUUUAAAUCUCCUUCUGCAUUCAAAUCCAAGAAUACGCCAAAUACUCUUAAUAUAUUCAAAUCAAAAUUGUCUUCAAUGAAAGGAAUACACGAGAACAUUUCAGCAUUACAAAUGAAAAAACGACCAAUUCGUAAAAAACGUACAGCUUUGGAAGAUGAUGAACCAAAACCACCUGGUGUAUUUUCUGUAGUAGCUUUUGCUACUGCAGAAGAAUAUAAAUUAGAACCAUUAUUCCAAGGAUUGAUUAAACAAGAUUUAUAUGAACCGAAAAUAUUUGCAAAUCGAAACGAUUCGGAAAUUAAUGUUAUACAUGCUACAGCUAAGUAUCAAGUUGAAGAUGAACCACGUGAAAUAUUUUUCUUUAGGGAAGGUACGAUUGUGUUAUGGAAUGUUGGGGAACUAGAAAGUAGUAACUUGUUAAAUUUAAUUAAAUCUUAUGAACAAGAUCGGUAUGGAGAGUUACUUGUGCAGCAAGAGGCAGAAAUUAUGGAUUAUAGAUAUGUUCCAGAUAAUAGGCCAUGCUAUAUAGAAAAUGGUGAUUUUAUUUUAAUAAAAGAUAAGGAAGGUGAAACUUUAUCAAAUGAAAAAUAUGCAUUUUCCAAUGCAAUGGCAUUAUCAGUGAAAUUAGGUAUGUGGGAAGCAUCAUUGGACCGUUAUGUAGAAUCAAUUGCAUUUGUAACAGAAGAUUUGAAAAGGGGUAAUAAAAUUUCAAUGACACAAGAUGACGUAUUACGCAAACAUGGUGAAUUAUUUGCAUUACGCCAUUUGAUUAAUUUAAGUUCAGAUUUAUUGGAUACACCGGAUUUUUAUUGGGAACGGGAUCAAUUGGAAGUAUUAUAUACACAAACAUGUAAUUAUUUUAGUAUACCAAGGCGAACAAAGGUAAUGAAUGAAAAAUUGAACCAUUGUUUUGAAUUAAUUGAAUUGUUAUCGUCACAUUUAAGUGAUAAACAUCAUACGCGAUUGGAGUGGAUGAUAAUUAUAUUAAUUAUGGUUGAAGUUGUAUUCGAAACAGUACAUUAUGCUGAACGAUAUUUACAUUAAGUUUGAAUCACACUGUAAAAGAUUUUUUGACAUAUAACUUUUAUAAAAAGUGAUUUUUUGAUCAAUCAAUAAGGUAAAGACUGUCACAUUUUAUAUAAUUGAGGUUUGAUGAAUAAACUUAAAAAAUUCGAAUUUAUUUGGAGUUUUUAUAUAAAAAUACUAGAUGUAUUUCUAUUAUUUGCUAUAAAGUUCAUUGUUAGUGACCCAUACAAGGUCCGAAAGUUGAUUAACAAGUUUCUAUAAACAAAAUUGAGAAAAAAAUGAUGUUUCACAGAUUUCACUUCAAGCACUGUUACGUUUAGCUUAUAAUUUUCCAAAAAUGUUUUAGUUUUAAAUGUUUUUAUUUCUAAAAACUUUCCGUAUUUAAUGUUUAAGUGUUAACUUAAACCAAAUUUUAGAAUUUCCGGUCAAAAAGUCUGACUCGCUUGAUAAACUUACAAGCUAAAUAGUUCGAUAGGAAUCAGCGUAUGAGUACAAACAACUAUUCUACCUCAAUUUUUUUCGAAGUGAUCGGGAAAUUUUUAAGCAAUAUUCCUGAAUCAAAUUGCGAAAGUUUGUAUCAUCAGUAGGACAAUUUAAAGAAAAUCGUAUAAAAAGUUGAGGUGGAAUAGUUGUUUGCGGUGAUUCCUACUGAACUAAAAGUAUUUGCUAAGUUUUUUUCAUCCAAUCCUAAGGUUUUUUAUACUGCAUAAAGGUCUUUUACAAUGAAAACAGCCUUAUCUUGUAAUGUACUUUUAGAAUUUAGAUAGACGAUAAAAUAAAUAUUACCGUGUUUUUUUUUU